UCUCAGGAAAACGACCCUAUAAAAGCUCAGUCUCAGCUCCAGACUCUCAUUCUUGGAUGCGAGGAACCAUGGGACUUUUGACAUACAUUGCCGUGGCUGCGGGAGCAGGAGGAGCAGUAGUCAGUGCUCCUUUAGUGCUGGGGGCUGUAGGGUUCACUUCAGUUGGGAUAGCAGCUGGAUCCUACGCCGCAAGCAUGAUGUCGGCUGCAGCUAUAGCCAAUGGAGGAGGAGUGGCAGCAGGGGGUGCGGUGGCUGUUCUGCAGGCAGCAGGUAUGGCUGGUCUGCCAGCUGCUGCCACUGCAGCCGUGGCAGGGGCUGGAGGGACUGUGGGUGGACUGUUGACUCUUCUCAUUUGAGACUCACAUGACCAAGAUCAAGAAGGAAUAACACACGUGGAAAAAAUGUUACAAGUUUCUUCCAGUUGGAAGACAUACAAUCAGUAAAAUAGAUGAGUUUACAAAGCCAACUACACUUUAAUAUUUGGUAAAAAAAAAUAUGUUGUCAAAUGAAGAAUAACUUAAAUAAUAAAG